CAGGGCGUCCGUGUUGUUGUGCUGUCGGUUUUAUCUGCAUGCAGUUCAAGCAUCAGUGUUUAAAAGCAGACGUGGCACAUAAAAUACAAAACCGGGUCGCGAAUUAGACCUUUAUUCUCUUUUGUUAUGGAGUUAAUGCCGUUUCUGUCAUGGGCCUGCAUCGUGUUCACAGUCGGUAUGUUCUCGACUGGACUGAACGACCUGAAGAAGAUGAGAGAAUCCAAAAGCGCUGACAAUAUCCAGUUUCUCCCUUUCCUCACCACGUGUCUUAAUAACCUGGGCUGGUUGUACUAUGGGAUUCUGAAGACGAAUCAUACGAUAAUCCUGGUCAACGUUAUCGGAGCUGUACUUCAGAUCCUCUAUAUCAUCGUUUACCUCCACUACACGAAACAAAAGAAGCAGGUGAUGUCACAGACUCUGGUGGCAGCGACGGUGCUGACCUUCAGUUGGUUCUACUUCACCACGUUUCUUCCUGAGGGAGACGCUCGGCUCAGCCAGCUCGGCCUCACCUGUAGCGUGGUCACCGUCAUCAUGUACAUGUCCCCGCUCACCGGCCUGGCGCAGAUAGUGCGGAGUGGUGAUGUGAGGUGCUUGUCCUUCCCUCUGGCUGUCGCCACCUUCUUCACGUCAACCUCCUGGGUCCUGUACGGCCUCCAGCUGAACGACUACUACAUUGUGGUUCCAAACUCGCCCGGCAUCUUCACCAGCCUCAUCAGGUUGUAUCUGUUUUGGAGGUUUGGGUUUGUCAACCAGAGCUCACCAGCCUAUAAGUCUAUGCUGAUAUGAGGGGAGGGGGGUUAUGAAAAUGUAAAGAGAAGACGGAUCUGUUGACUCCAUGGAGGGCUGCAGCAAAGCUUCCCAUCACUUGUGUUUUUAUUCCUAGAGACAGCGGGGAGAAACACUACAGAUGAAAUGGUGAUAAUGUCUUAUUGUCACUUUGAGGAGGUAUAGUUGUCAUAUUUGAUUCAACUGUUGGUUUUCUGCAGCCAUUUCAUCGACCCGUCCCUCCUCUCCAAGUGCUUUCUAUCAGAUCCUGUUUGCCAUUGAAGGUGAAUGGCUUCUACUGAUCGACCAACAAGUCCGGAGACUUGGAGUCCGUUCAAAAUUCAGUGAAUUGGAUUUUUAUCUUCCCUGACACUUACUUGCCAAAGAUAUUGUGGAGUUGUAACUCGCUGGCUGCUAUUUAAAUACACAUGUAGUGUUCUAUUAUGGUACUCAUGUGUGGAAUAAUGUCCGAUAGUUUCAUAUUUUCCUUGGAAAGGCGAUGAACAUUUUUAAAACCCUUUAGAUUUUCUACUCAAGCUUCUUCUUUUUUUUUAUCCCCUUGCAGACUGAAUAUUGAGUGGCAGUUGUAUUUGUUUUCUAAAUAUGUUAUGUCCGGAGUCUUGAUACAUAAUGUUUAUGUGGUCCAAAAAGAGCUAGUAUCUUCCUAUAUUGUUGAGGCCUUUUUAAAAUAGGCAAUUAUGUAUGCGAUUAAAUAAAAUAAGAAAGGACAUUAACAUCGUAGGGGUUUGUUUACGUGAAUGAAUGAUGUUUAUUUCUAUGGUGGCUGGUUGUCAUGGGGAAUUGAGGCUUGCUUGUCCCCUUAUUAUCUGUAAUAAGUACAUAUGUUAUGCAAAUGAAACAUCCGAGUGUCAGUGCUGAUUUACUCGCUUCUAAAGAAUGUAAAUAAAUUCUAACCAUAACCAA